AUGAUAUAUCGAUAUGCACCAGUCGAGGGUUCCUUACUUGACACACACUUUAAGCCCGUCCAAGUGGAGAAGAAAAUACAGAAAGUCGUUGCUCUCGUCAGUCAUUUGAGUACAAAUUUUUGGGAAAGAUACGUCAUGCACAAAGAGCUUUGUAGUGUGAAAAAUAACUUGGAAAUCUUAAAGGUUACAGUCAAUAACAUAGGAAAUGCAUACGAUAAUUUACACAAUGAGUUGAUAGAUUUAGCUGAAAAUAAAAGACCAAAACACCCUUCACCUCGACAUGAUACGAAAUUUUCCUAUAAAGAUCAGAACAAAAAUACAGCUAAAACAUUACAUGAUGAACUUAGGAAUGAAAUUAACGACAGACAUAUUUAUUCUGCUCUCAAAGAAGAAAUGUCCAGAGAUAAUAAAAAUGAAACAAGAAGAAAUGGUGAAGCUAGAAACAAAACUACUCUUGCAAGAUAUCCAACUAAAACCACCGCUGUCGGAUGCGAGCUCUAUACUACUAACCAUGAAUUUCCCAAAUAUUGUGAAUCUAGAUACAGUUGCAAAUUAAAAGAAACCCAUAAAUGUCGUCAAAAU